AUGAUGUCCAAUAAACUAAUCAGUGUUACUUCCAUAGGCACCGGAAAGGCUAACGCUGCCGCCAAGGCAGUCGUGAAGGGAAACUCCCUUCACAAGUCCCGUAAGGUUCGCACCUCGACCACCUUCCACCGCCCCAAGACCCUCCAGCUCUCGCGGUCCCCCAAGUACCCCCGCGUGUCGAUCCCCCACCAGCCCGUCCUCGAUGCCCACAAGAUCGUUCUCUACCCUCUUAACACCGAGAGCGCCAUGAAGAAGAUUGAGGAGAACAACACCCUUGUCUUCAUCGUCGACGUUAAGGCCAACAAGCGCCAGAUCAAGGCUGCUCUUAAGAAGCUGUACGAUGUUGACACCCUCAAGGUCAACACCCUGGUCCGUCCUGACGGCUCCAAGAAGGCUUUCGCCCGUUUGACUGCUGACGUCGAUGCUCUUGACAUCGCCGCCACCAAGCUGGCUAUCGUCUAA